AUGCCGAACAUGUUCAACCACGAUACGCAGGAGGAAGCAGCACUUGAAGUUCACCAGUUUUGGCCUCUCGUAGAAAUGAAAUGCUCGCCAGACUUAAAGAUCUUUUUGUGCUCUGUGUAUGCUCCGAAGUGCGAGCUGCAUGCCAAGGAAAACGAAUUUCCUCCUUGCCGAUCACUCUGUGAAAGUGCGAGAAAUGGCUGUGAACCUUUAAUGCGUCAGUAUGGUUUCUCGUUGCCCGAGGGAUUUAGAUGCAAGCAAUUUCCCAAGCUUGGGCAAAACAAGACCUGUUUGCAUUCUAAUGUAACCGAGACAACCCAAGCGUCAACAACAUUGUCAACAACUUUGGCUGUGUCACCAACUGGUAAAAUCUCUAACUGGAGAAAAUGCGAAAAGAUCAAGAUUUCGAUGUGUGAAAACACCGGAUAUAAUUCAACGUAUAUGCCAAAUAUGUUCAACCAUCACACACAGGCAGAAGCGGCUCUUGAACUUCAUAAAUUCUGGUUGUUAGUGAAAGUGAAUUGCUCUUUAGAACUGAAGAGAUUUUUAUGCCACAUUUAUGUGCCUAGGUGCGAGCCGCACAAAAACAACGUCUUGCUUCCGUGUCGACGAUUAUGCAGAAGAGUAAGGACGGACUGUGCCUCAUUCAUGAAUCAGCAUAACAUUGAUUGGCCCCAUCAAAUGAACUGCGAGAACUUUCCUGAACUCGGAGAUGACAAGACAUGUCUGGAUCCUGAAGCGGUAGGAACAAGACACAAAGACGGUCCUUCCAGCCGGGCUGUGAGUGGUCUUUCGACCGCGACUAUAGUUGGAAUUGUUAUUGCUACAGUUGCUGUAAUCACCGUGGUUGUCGUUGUCGUCGCAGUAUGCCAUGACAAGAAAAGGAAUCCAAACAGGUACCGGUCUGUUCUGCGCUCAGCGCCUGCUUCUUGGCCCAGGUCCAUGUUAUACAAAAGCACCCCCCAUUGCAGUGCGACGCGGCCCCUUGCUGUCUAGAAGCUGGUAACUCUGUGCAUCCAACAGGCUUAAUUGACAAUAUCUUCACAAAUAACCUGACGAAUAAUAUUUCUAGUGGCAAUAUCGUCACCGACACGACCGAUCAUUUUUCGCAAGUCUGUAUUGUCAACGUAAACAAGCAAAAAUUACCACAUACAAAAAAGACUAAAUUUAGGGAUUAUUCCAGCUUUAAUGCUAAUGAAUUCAUGAAUGACCUAAGUGCAAUUAAUUGGGAAGAGGUUUCUGGUAAUUGCGACGUAAACAAGUCGUUCUCUCACCUUUAUAAAACCAUAAAUCAUGUAGUUAAUAAACAUGCACCGCUCAGGGAUGCUUCAGUGAGAAAACUAAAAAUGCUAACUAAUAAACCUUGGCUAACUGCUGGACUAAGGAAAUCUAUAAAGGUGAAGAAUAAAUUGUUCUUUGAAUCAAACUGACCGAAAUAUAAAAUAUAUAGAAAUAAGUUAACAACCCUUAUUAUUCAUUCAAAAUAUUUCCCCGAUUCUGAUUGGCUAAAAGUAUACGUUUAACUCACCAUAACCAGUUACUGAUGACCAAAUUUGGAAGAACUUUGACUUUAACGAGGAAAUGACGUCAAAAAUGCAACGUUAACCGAGAAGACCUGGGGACGAGGUGGAGUUGUUUUGGUUGUGAACUUGAAAAAAUGGCGGACAUUUCAUUCGUUUCAAGAGUAAGAACUAGGCGAAAAAAUAGCUAAAAACACGGCAAGAACAGCAAGAAGACAACUCGAAGGGCGACAUCUGCUAUUUGGAGAAUAUUUGUGGAGCUGGACAAACCUAGAUGUACACUAUCGAAGAUGAACUGAACAUUGAUGGAUCGAUGGAGGUAAGCAUGAUUUAGCUAUGUUUUAAACUAGGUAUUAUUUUGAAUGAAUAAUAAAACAGUUAUUAAAUUCGGCUUUCGUAUCAUAUAAAGGAUUAUGGAGAUCUCAGAGGGUGUUAUCCGCCUCGGCCUACGGCCUCGACGGAUAACACCCUCCUCGAUCUCCAUAAUUCUUCAUAAGAUACUCAGCCUCAUUCAUUAACUGUUAAUUAUUCGAUUGAGUAAACAACGUCACUAUCAAAGGUUUUUCGACUCUAACAUAAAAAAUACACGAUCGACAUGGAAAGGUAUUAACGAAAUAUUAGGAGAUGCGAAGAAAAGGAAAAAAUCAAAAAGAAUUAACUUCAUUCGUUCUAACGAGCAUAGCGUUUUAUCAGAUGAUCGUAAAACGAUUGGUAACACACUCAACAAAUACUUCUCGUCAAUAGGGCAUCAACUUGCAACCGAUAUUCCUGAAGUUAACACUACUUUUUCUGAUUAUCUUGAUCCGCCUUUGCAGAACAGUUUUUAUUUUGAUCCAAUUAUACCGCAAGAAAUUGAAACAGAAAUUAGCUUGCCAUACAAUAAAGCCCUGGGGCUUUAUUCUACCCCUGUUAAACUGUUAAAACUUGCUAAAUCAGUCAUAUCCAUACCAUUAACCAAAAUUUUUAACCACUCUGUACUAACUGGGGUUUACCCUGCAAAGCUUAAAUAUGCAAAAGUAAUUCCAGUGUAUAAGGGUGAAGACGAGACGUUACCUGAAAACUAUCGGCCAAUUUCUUUGUUAUCAAUUUAUAAUCGUUUCUAAUUUUCGUAAAAAAAUUAAAUCACUACUCCUUAAUGUUCUAGGUAAUGAAGAUAAUUAUUUGAAUGUUAAUUUUUUAAUAGAAUAUUUUGUGAAGUUAACCUGAUAUGUUGUAUAUACCUCCAGUUGUAAUUUUAGUCUUUUUCAAAUAACAAAAUCCCUUGUACUUGAAUUUAUAUGUAAGGUGUUUCUUUCUGUAUGUUUUUGUAUUUCUUCUUUUCUUUUUUCUUAUGUAAUUUAAUAAUGCCUUUAGUUAAAGUCUUGUCCUGCCUAGAUUAGCAUUGUAGCUAUUUGCAGGACAUGAAGUAUUGUAAACUUUAUAUUUCUUUAAAUAAAUACGUUGUUGUUGUUAUACCACCACCACCGUACUCAGAAAGCUAACUUGUCGCCAGUCAUCUCUAUUUGGGUAGGACCCCAGGACGGAAUGCGAGAAGCGUGACCGAAGAGAUCGGGAGAGACAGUCUUACGGUGCGUUCCUUUGGGAUGAUCCGGAUCAGGAUCAGCCGGAUCGGAGAUCACUCGGAUCAUGGUAGAUCAAAACAACCGAUGAAUCCUUGUCCAGAGUUGAUUCAUCGGUUCAUUUGAUCUGCCAUGAUCCGAGUGAUCUCCGAUCACUGAUCCCGAUCCGGAUCAUCCUAAAGAAACGCACCCUUUAGAUUCUGAAUUCCAUGCCAUGAAUUCGGGAUUCGAGGUACUGGAUUGUGGAUUCUUUGUCAGUGGAACUCGGGUUCCGGAUUCCAAUCGUUAAUGGAAUUCCGGAUUCUGUGAGUUGUAGCUGUAUUCCAGAUUCCAAGCCCAGGAUUCCGGAUUCUACAGCAAAAAUUUGCUGGAUUCCUAAUUUUACCAGAUGGCGGGAUACUUUGGUGUUGACCGCAGGCUGAAACCGGAAAAAACGCAUGAAACGUCUCUGACACCCGUGGCCACGGUCCGAGUCAAUAUUCUCUCAAACGCAAUCCACCUUCUACGUUUCCUCUCGUAAGGACCGGAAAUAAGAUAGAUUGAAUGCUGUAUAUGUACUCCGUUCACUCAUAUCAUGUUCUCACCCUAAUUUUCUAACAAAACGUCUCUGCUUUAACGUUCCUUUCUACUGGGCAAUUGAAAGACUACCUUUUAUUUUGUUACACCCUCUGUUCAUCAAGAUAAGAAAUUUUAUGAUAAGGUAAGAUGUAUCACAGAAAUUCAACGGAAAAUGCUCUGUAUGUUUGAGAAGGCCUGAGGACAAGUUUAGAAAAUUUCUUGGCCUUAAGUUAUAUUUUCGUCAGCGGUUAGUGCACGCGCCAAAAUUUGAUUUAUUUAGACAGCAACGAUUCGUUUCUUCUCUUCAAGCGCACUGCUCAUUCAAGAAACUUCCACGUUUGGUUGUACCAGGCAAAAAUGGCCAUAAUGGCUCUCUAAGCUCUCACAAUUCAAAUACUAAUGAAAAGCAUACUUAAAUUUCGGUGCCCUGUUAUUCGCAGACUACUUUUCUGACAAGCAAAUUAACAGCGCACAUAAAGUUGAGUGACCAGGAGCCCACCGUAAAUCCUCUAUUAAGCCCUCCGAGGGGCUUAUUAAAUUAACCAUCCCGGAUCAGUUCACACGAAGUAUUACAGUCGUGAUUGAUUAAUACGUCUAUCAUUUAUUAGUGAACAAAAACUAGGGGAGGGGACAGGGGGGAGGGGCUUAUUAAUUUUCUUCCUCUGAAAAGGGGGGCUUAUUAGAGGCAGGGGGAUUAUUUGAAAGGGGGGAGCUUAAUAGAGGAUUUACGGUGUUAGUAAUCGAACACCAGGGUCGCACCACAGUUUCGCCCCAUAGAAGGGAAUCCGGAUUCAGUCGCACGGGGAACGUCACAAAUCUGACCGUCAUAGCACUAGCCUGUUUCCACAAAGUCAGGAGGUCGGCUCCUGACAAAGUACAGUCGUAGGCAGCCGUUUUUUAUCGUCACGCAACGCGUCCACAUAUUUUUUAGGAAGAGUAUCAAUAGAUUUGUUAUUUCUUUGCUAUCGCAUUACUUCAAGAAUAUGAACAAACCUCCAACCCAAAUCUAAGUAGCAUGCUUGGUUCCGCUCUUGGCAACGCGUAAAUGUACUUGCUUUCAGUUCUGACUGUUGUGAUAAAGGCAGUACAAUUAUUUUGGUAUUGGCCGAAAUUGCCACCCCAAAAUUGAAAACUGCAGAAAAGAGGUCUCUAAGCUAAGCCAGAGAGAUUAAAUUUCGUCGCACAUUAAAAAGGGUUGUGCUAAGUAGUUCUUCGAAGAAGUGGGCGCUAUAGAGGCUUAAAAGGCGGCAGUACUAACGGUACGCAAACUUGGUGAGGCGGGGUGGGGAAGGAGUAAUUGGCUCCUAGGUGGGGUAGAGGUGAGGUAACGCAUUAACAUAAAGGAAAUACACGCCCACCUUCCCCUCUCCUCCCCUCCCCGUUACGUUAACAUUAACGAACAAAAGGCAAAAUAUUGGGUUAGAGAAGGGAGAGGAGAGGCAGUUUUUAUACUGACUAAAACAUUACAACACAAGGGUAUAUGUGCAAAGGGUACUAACAACUAAGUCGGGUUUAAGAUUUCUGAGGUAGGCAUCAGAGAGCAACAGGGACCGUAAUGAAUGUCUUCUAGAGAAGACACAUCGAUACCCUGCGCAGCAGACGAAACUAAACCUCUGGUACAGUCCGUAGGCAAGCAUGCGCUAAGUUUGAGGAAAAUAUUUCAAAUUUCAAAAAUGCUUGAUUGACAGAGGCUACCCACAAAUUAUGAUAGAAAACCUUCCAUCACAUAUAAAGUUCACAGAGAGGGAGUCUGCUCUCCCGAAACACAACAACAACGAGGAAAAAGAAAUAUUGCCUUUCGUGACACAGUUCUAGCCCUCAGUGUCUACUUUAAAAGAAGUUUUAAUGAAAAAAUGGAAUCUUAUACAAAACUAACCGCUACUUAGCCAAAUUUUUAAAGAAUCACCUAUCAUUUCCUACAAGAAAGGAAAAUCCCUAAAGGACAUGCUCGUUAGAGCUAAAGUAUAAGUAAGGUUAGCACAAGGUUUCAUGCCGGUAUAGAUGUGCGGCCUGUCACCCCUUGCAUUUUCUCACGAAAAACAAAAAGUCGUGUCGAAAAAGAAAAGUCGUGCCGAAAAAAAGAGUCGUGCCAGAGAAAACCAACAUCGUGAAAAAGAAACUUGAUGAGAAAUCUGUUUUCAGGUGUUCUUUGAUUGUAGUGAUUUUUGUUCAAUAAAGCUUAGUAUGAUAUUGCUUCUCCAAGCUUUUAAAACACGUACACGAAUGAGUAAAAUUUCAUCCCCAAAUAUCAUAAAAAUGCCCCCUGCGUCAAGUAAAUUCCAGUUAUAUCAGGUGGAAAUCAGGGGGGUUUUUCGUUGAGAAGCACUUGACCUAGGGGACUUUGUCUUAACUCCUUAACUUUGCUCCACCCAGUACAACCCCCUAGUUGGUUCGGGGGUCUACCCCCGGGGCACGCCGAUGGCAUGUGCUUUAGGAACAGAGUAUUGAUAAUAUCCCAUAUUACCUUUCGGGGUGAUUGUCGCGUGCACAUUUUUUGCGACAACCUAUAACUGUUUCGAGAGCGAUUUCCGUUUUCCACGCCACAUUAAUAUUACGUUAUCCUCUAGGACUGCGUAGGCGCUUGCUGAUUAGUGCUUCCUGUUCCAAUACUCAAGAACACCGCGCUGAUCCCUAUCAGGUAUUAGCUGUAGAAAUGGUUGUGUCACACCGCUCUGUGUUUAUACUUUGGCUGUCUUUAACUACGUUGUGCUGCACCCUUGGCAAAGUGAAAAGAUGCGAAAAGAUAAAAAUUCCUAUGUGCGAAAAUAUUGGUUAUAAUUUAACUUACAUGCCGAACAUGUUCAACCACGAUACGCAGGAGGAAGCAGCACUUGAUGUUCACCAGUUUUGGCCUCUCGUAGAAAUCAGAUGUUCGCCAGACUUAAAGAUCUUUUUGUGCACUGUGUUUGCUCCGAAGUGUGAGCUGCAUGCCAAGGAAAACGAAUUUCCUCCUUGCCGAUCACUCUGUGAGAGAGCGAGAAAAGGCUGUGCUCCUUUAAUGCGUCAGUAUGGUUUCUCGUGGCCCGAGCGAUUAAGAUGCAAGCAAUUUCCCAAGCUUGGGCAAAACAAGACCUGUUUGGAUUCUAAGGUAACCGAGAAAACCCAAGUAUCAACAACACUGUCAACAACUUUGGCUGUGUCACCAACUGGUAAAAUCUCUAAUUGGAGAAAAUGCGAAAAGAUCAAGAUUUCGAUGUGUGAAAACACUGGAUAUAAUUUAACGUAUAUGCCAAAUAUGUUUAACCACCACACACAGGCAGAAGCGGCUCUUGAACUUCAUAAAUUCUGGUUGCUAGUGAAAGUGAAUUGCUCUUUAGAACUGAAGAGGUUUUUAUGCCACAUUUAUGUGCCUAAGUGCGAGCCGCACAUAAACAACGUCUUGCUUCCGUGUCGACGAUUAUGCAGAAGAGUAAGGACGGACUGUGCCUCAUUCAUGAAUCAGCAUAACAUUGAUUGGCCCCAUCAAAUGAACUGCGAGAACUUUCCUGAACUCGGAGAUGACAAGACAUGUCUGGAUCCUGAAGCGGUA